UAAGAUUCACAAAACAAAUUGUAUUCUUCAUUGAUAAUCUAAAUGGAUAUUGUCCCUAGGAUGUUCGCAAUCUCGGAGACAAUCCUUCUUCCAAUAGACUUUCUAACAAGACCCUUCCAGUUGUCAUAUCAAUCGGUCAAGAGCUACCUGUACUAAGCGUAUGUCGUUAGCAUAUAUUGUUAACGGAACUAUGAUACUCAAAUCAUAUCAUAUCAAUGACCAAAAAUGUCAGACAUCCAAGGAAGUAUUGCGCACAGAGCACGUCUGGUAUGGGUUCAUAGCGACGGCUAGCGUGGAAACUGCGAAUGUGGGAAAAUUUUUCAUCAUAAGAGCCCGAGGGCCUUUGGUCGAUCGAAGAUACAAAAGAGAAAACAAUCGCUAAAACUCACCUAGUUAGUACGAAUAAUUGAAAGGCGUAUGGAAAAUUCUCAAAUAACAUGACAGUGCUAUAGAUUAUAGCCAGUCAAAGUUGGACAGAAAGUCACAUUAGACUCCAGUUAAUGACCACUGUGGUGGUUGUCG